AGAUGCGCGCGCGCAAUCAUUUAUCGAAUUCCAGCCAACCUGAAACCUGCAGUAGCACGCCAAACAGCCGCCGAAGCACACGUAUUUUGCAGUGUCGUCGUAAACUCAUAUGGCCGGACGGGAUAUAACAAAUAAUUAAAAUGACGAGACUUCCUCACAUAGCAGCUGUUCUCUCGGUGGUGGCGCUGUCUUCAAGCAGUAUCGUCAAAUCUCCCAGCAACGAUGGCAACCAUUUCGAACUUUUAAUACUCCACAACAAUGACAUGCAUGCGAGAUUCGAACAGACGUCUCAGCUCAGCGGCGCCUGCACUGUCGCUGAUAGGGAAGCCGGAAAAUGUUACGGCGGUUUCCCAAGAGUCGCACACGUAGUAAAAGAGGCAAGGAAAGCAGCUGCUUCUGGGGAGGGUCCACCAGUCCUGUACCUCAAUGCCGGAGACACAUACACGGGAACCGCCUGGUUCACUAUCUAUAAAUGGAAAGUUGCUGCUGAAUUCCUUAACGCUUUACAACCUGAUGCCGUUUCACUCGGGAACAACGACCUAGAAAAAGGAUCCAAUAACCUUACACCUUUCUUAGCAAAUUUGGAUUCUAUUAUCUUGGCCAGUAAUGUAAUCUUAAAUUCAGACGAAGCAAAAUUGAAAAUUAAAAAAUCAAUAAUAAUAGAAGUCGAAGGCGUUAAAAUUGGAAUUGUUGGUUAUUUAACUCCCAAUUCUAAUAUAUUGGACAGCACGGGUAAUGUUGAGUAUAUUGAUGAAGUGAUUGCCGUGCAAGAUGAAGUAAACAAACUGAAACAAUUAGGCAUCAAAAUCAUAAUAGCGUUGGGUCAGUCUGAAACCAAAAAAGAUGUUAACAUAGCUACAGAAGUAGACGGCAUUGAUCUGGUAAUUGCAGGUCAUCAAAAUAUUUUCUUUUCAAAUGGUACAAAUGCUGAAGAUAAUUUCGACAACACCAUCAAACCUAUUGUUGUCUCACAGAAAUCUGGAAAACAAGUACCAAUAGUCCAAUCAUACGCAUAUAACAAAUAUUUAGGAAGAAUUCUUCUGGUGUUUAAUGCUGAAGGAGAAAUAACCAAAUAUCAAGUCGACUCCAUUUUGCUUGACCAAUCAGUACCUCAAAAUAUAGAAAUAGCUGAAAUUGUCACAAGAUCCAGUGAUCAAUUUGUUUCUUUAAAUGCAACAAUUGGCAACACUCUUGUUGAUCUCGAUGGGGAUACGUGUGGAGUGGAAGAAUGUAAUCUUGGCAAUUUAGUUUUAGACUCUGUUAUUUUAUACUAUGCUGCCAGAUUUAAAGACGAACGAUGGACUGACGCUCCUGUUGCAAUAAUAAACGGAGGUGCAUUCACUGGCACUAUUUCACCAGAAAGUCGUCCAUUCCCAGUCAGCAGAGCUGAUAUACUUACAUCUAUACCGGAAUCACAAAAUCUAGUUGCUGUUACAAUGAAUGGAACAGUACUCAAACAAGUUCUUGAACACUCUGUGUCUGAUUACAGGCUUAGCGACUCUUCGGGUCGAUUCCUUCAAUUUUCUGGAAUAAGAGUUACAUACGACUUAGCGAAAGAACCGGGAUCCAGGGUAGUAAACGUAGUAGUGCGAUGCUGGGAUUGUUUGGUACCGCAAUUUUUCGAAAUCGAUAAUAGAAAUUAUAAAAUUUUGAUGCCAGCUUCUUUAGCUAAUGGCAACAACGGGUACGAUAUGCUUGUAGGCUUACCAAAGGAAGAACUUAGUUAUGAUGCUGUAACUUGUACAACGGAAUAUAUUGGAAUGAAAAGUCCAAUCUAUCCAGAAAUAGCAGAGCGUUCAUUGGGGAACCAUGAAUUUGAUAAUGGUGUAUCUGGCCUAACACCCUUCAUAAGAAAUCUAACAUGCCCCGUACUGGCUGCUAACCUCAUACUUAAUAAGGAACCUAGCUUGGAAUCAGAACAUAACCUUAUGAAAUCGGUUGUAAUUAAUAUUAAUGGUACUAAAGUAGGUGUUAUUGGAUACCUAACCCCUGAAACAAAAGUACUAGCCGUAAAAAACAACGUUGAAUAUAUAGAUGAAGUGAUUGCAAUUAAAGAAGAAGUAAAGAAACUUAAAAAAGAAGGAGUUAAUAUUUUAAUUGCUUUAGGUCAUUCUGGAUUUUUAAAAGAUUUAGAAAUAGCAAAGAAAGUUGAAGAUAUUGAUCUUGUUAUUGGAGGACAUACAAAUACAUUCCUAUGGAAUGGCACAACACCUGACAGUGAAACAAUACAAGGUCCUUAUCCUACAAUAGUAGAGCAAGAAUCUGGAAGAAUUGUUGCGGUAGUUCAAGCUUACGCGUAUACUAAAUAUUUAGGAAAAUUGCAUGUGUUAUUUAAUUCUAAUGGAGAAAUAGAUAGAUUUGAUGGAAACCCAGUACUAUUAAAUAGUUCAGUACCACAAGAUCCUACUCUAUUAGAGAUUGUUAAUAGAUACAGUGAAAAUAUUAUUAAAAUAUCAGAUGUAAUCGUCGGUACCUCCUUAGUGACUCUAGAUGGUCUAACAUGCCGCUUGCAAGAGUGUAACUUAGGUAAUUUAAUAGCUGAUGCCAUUGUUGAUAAAUACGCUUCCGAAUACAAAGGGGAUGAGUGGAGUGACGCACCGAUCGCCAUUGUGCCAGGAGGUGGAAUCCGUGCGUCAGUUAGCCAUGAGGAAAAAAUAAUUAAUAUAACCAAAGGCGAACUCCUUACAGUAAUGCCUUUUGAUGGAAAUAUUGUAAAAGUAACUCUAAACGGAUCAAAUGUCAUAAAAAUGCUUGAAUACUCUGUGUCUAAAUAUAACAAAAUACGUGCACCUGGUAAAUUUUUACAACUAUCUGGUUUAAAAGCUGAGUACGAUUUUAAAAGACCGCCAGGAAAAAGACUUAUACAUGUUGAAGUUAUGUGUGGAAAAUGUAAAAUACCUUCGUAUGCUCCUGUUAAUAUGUCCGAAACUUACAAUAUUUUAAUGAACAAUUUCCUCUCGAUGGGAGGUGAUGGGUUUUCAUUAUUUCUAGGUUUGCCUUCUUCCCUCGGAAAUCAUGAAUUUGAUCACGGCGUGAAUGGGUUAACUCCGUUCAUAAAAAACCUUUCUUGUCCUGUUGUUGCGGCUAACCUUGUUUUGACCAAAGUACCUGACUUAGAAAAAGAGACCAACCUAAGAAAAUCUAUUAUAUUAAAUGUCAAUGGCACGUCAGUUGGAGUCAUAGGUUACUUAACGCCGGACACAAAAAUGUUAGCUGUAAAAAACGAUGUGGAGUAUAUUGAUGAAAUCGCGGCAAUAAAAGAAGAAGUAAAAAAGUUAAAAGCUCAAGGGGUAAACAUUAUAAUUGGACUAGGUCACUCAGGUUAUUUGAAAGAUUUAGAAAUAGCAAGAGAAGUAGACGGUUUGAAUUUAGUCAUCGGUGGACAUUCGAAUACUUUUCUAUGGAACGGUACGUGUCCUGAUUCAGAAAAAAUUCAAGGACCUUAUCCUACUUACGUCACACAAUCCUCCGGAAAAAGGGUACCCGUGGUUCAAGCUUAUGCUUACACAAAAUAUCUGGGCAGUCUGCAUAUGGUAUUCAAUAGUAAGGGAGAUCUACUAAGCGCAGACGGUAAUCCUAUUCUUCUAGACAAAACAACACCUCAAGACCCUGAUGCUUUAAAAAUUAUUCAGCGAUAUCGCACAGAAAUUUCAAAUUAUACGGAAGAAGUUAUCGGUAAAACUUCAAUAGUUUUAGAUGGUCUUAGUUGUCAACAUCAGGAGUGCAAUAUGGGCAAUCUUAUAGCUGAUGCUAUGGUCUAUAAUUAUGCUAUGGAAUACGAGGGCAAAGAACAUUGGACAGAUGCGCCUAUAGCUAUAAUUCAAGGCGGUGGUAUAAGAUCUUCAAUAGCUAACUCAGAAAUACCAACAACAAUUACUAAAGGAGAUUUAAUAGGAGUUUUACCCUUUGAAGGAGAUCUUGUAAUUGUAACCAUGACCGGUAAUGUCCUGAUGCAAAUGUUAGAGCAUUCGUCACUUGGAAAUCAUGAAUUUGAUGAAGAGGUCGAUGGAGUCAUACCUUUUAUAAGAAAUCUGACGUCACCCGUCUUAGCUGCUAAUCUCAUUCUCACCGACGUACCAGAACUCGAGAAAGAAACAAAUUUAUACAAAUCAAUUGUUAUUAUUAAAAACGGCAUUAAGAUCGGAAUAAUUGGUUAUUUAACCCCCGAAACUAAAUUUCUUGCACCAAAGAACAAAGUAAAUUACGAAGACGAAGUCGUUGCCUUAAAGAGGGAAGUACAUGAAUUAAAAGAAAUGGGAAUCAAAAUAUUUAUAGCGUUAGGUCAUUCAGGCUUUUUAAAAGACUUAGAAAUAGCUAAAGAAGUCGAAGAAUUAGAUAUAGUAAUAGGCGGCCAUUCGAAUACAUUUUUGAUAAAUAAGAAUAGUACAGACGAAAUUCCUGAAUAUCCACAAGGACCUUAUCCUACAAUAGUUAGACAAAAAACGGGCAGAAAGGUUCUGGUAGUGCAAGCGUAUGCAUACACCAAAUAUCUUGGUAAGCUACAUUUAAUGUUUGACGAACAAGGAGAAAUUUUAUAUUACGACGGUGAACCGAUUCUGUUGAAUAGAGAAAUUCCGGAAGACCCAGAGCUCUUACAAAUAGUAAAUCGAUAUCGGACUGAUAUAAACAAAAUCUACAACGAAGUCGUUGGAACGUCACUUUGUUAUCUUGAUGGUGAUUCGUGCCGUCUCAAAGAAUGUAAUUUAGGAAACUUUAUUAAUGACGCUAUAAUAAAAUAUACAAAACAAUAUUCCAAAGAAUAUUCUAAUGUUAACAUAGCUAUAACACAAGGUGGCAGAAUUAGAUCAUCCAUAGAUGGUCCAAAUAAACCAUUCAAAGUUACGAGAGGAGAUAUGGUUACCGUUAUACCAUUUUCUGAUACAUUAUGCAUAAUGACUAUGAACGGCACAAUACUGAGACAAGCCUUGGAACAUUCCGUUGCAGCUUGGAGAAGAAUUGAUACUCCAGGGCAAUUUUUACAAUACUCAGGAGUGCAAAUCGUUUAUGAUCUAGCUAAAGAAGUUGGUUCACGGGUUGUGAAAGCAAACGCUAUUUGUUCCAAUUGCUCUGACCUGAGUGAUGUUUCAGAUAAUCUUGAGUAUAAAGUGAUUACGUCAGUUUUUUUAGCUGAAGGAGGUGACGGAUACACAAUGUUUGAUACAGUUCCCAAGGAGAUAGUAAACUACAAUGAAGUCAUGUGUGCUAUAGAUUACUUACAGAAAUAUAGUCCUAUAGAACCAAUCGUAACAAUGAGAAUAAAUAUUCUUAAUGCGGAUAAAAUUCGAACAGCGAAGUUUUUGCCUUCGCAAGGACAGUCAAUUAAAUUUAAUACUAGUAUGAUCUUUUUAUUGACUAUGAUUAUAUUGUUUAGUUAAAUCGUUGUAGCAGGUGAUUCAAUUAUAUAAAUUACUACCAAAAUCCGGCAGACCUAGUCCUGCCUAAUAUGUACUAAUGUUCACCCAGUGAUCGAAAUACGACCAUUAUUGAGAAUGUGAGAAAAAAUUGCAUGUUUUUUUUUCCUACUCUUCGUUCCAAUAUUAUUUUAUAGCACUAAAGCCACUCAAUAAUCGUCGUUAUUAAUUUCAAACAGAUAUAAUAGCAUCCAUUCUUAUAUGUAAGUAUGCCAUAUGAGGAACAAA